UCGUUUCCUUCACUCCUCCAGUUCCAGGAAGUUCACUCCGGGUUGAAGUGUCUGCAGACGGUGACAGUCCCUGCUCACUGUUGACAGGAAGCAGGCUGGACUCACUCUGCAGCCUCCCGACAGGAUUGUGACUGAACCUGCACGAGGAGACGAGAAUGGCUGCUCUGGGUCGUCUGAGGCAGUGCCACUCCACUGCCAACGCCAUCUCUAACUUUCACACCAGCAGCCGGGCCUCUGCCAAGGAGCACCACAAAAUGCUUGUGCUCGGGGGAGGCAGCGGGGGCAUCACAAUGAGUGCCCGGAUGAAGAGGAUGAUGGGAGCUGGGAACGUCGCCGUCAUAGAGCCCAGCGAGAUGCACUACUAUCAGCCAAUAUGGACCCUGGUCGGUGCCGGUGCAAAAUCUAUAGCCUCGUCCGGUCGACCCACUGCCAGCGUUAUGCCUUCUGGAGUGAAGUGGGUGAAAUCUAAAGUUCAGGAAAUAAACCCAGAAACAAAUACUGUCCGCACAGAGGAUGGAACUGAAAUCUCCUAUGAGUAUUUGAUUGUGGCUCUUGGAUUACAACUGCAUUACGAGAAGAUCAAAGGACUACCAGAGGGGUUUGACUAUCCAAAGAUUGGGUCAAACUACUCAGUGCAAACUGUGGACAAAACAUGGAGAGCUCUGCAGAACUUCACCGAGGGCAACGCUGUGUUUUCUUUCCCAGAUACUCCUGUGAAAUGUGCCGGAGCGCCACAGAAGAUCAUGUACCUAACAGAUGCCUAUCUCAGGAAGACAGGAAAAAGGGCCAAGGCCAAUAUAAUAUACAACACAUCGCUCCCUGUGCUGUUUGGCGUCAAGAAGUAUGCUGACUCGUUGUGGGAGAUUGUGAAAAGCCGUGACAUACACGUGAACCUGAGGCAGAACCUGAUUGAAGUGCGGGCAGACAAACAGGAAGCUGUGUUUGAAAACCUUGACAAACCCGGAGAAACAAAUGUCAUUGAGUAUGAAAUGCUUCACGUCACACCACCAAUGGGACCCAACUUGGUGAUUAAAGGCAGUCCACUGGCCGAUGUGGCCGGCUGGUUGGACGUCAACAAAGACACUCUCCAACAUAAUACGUAUCCAAAUGUGUUUGGGAUCGGAGACUGUACCAGCCUGCCCACGUCCAAAACUGCUGCCGCUGUCGCACAUCGAUGCUGGCUGUUAUCUCCAAAAGCUCACGAAUCUCGUUGUCUUUCCAAGAUGACAUCUCCAGUGGUGUCUUCUACGCAAAUGGCACCAGAUAUAUUUGUAUUAUUUUUUUAUUUUUUUCACUUAUGCCUCUGUAACGGGCAUCAGCAUGCUCACUCACUCGCUGUGAAUUUUCCCAACAUUUUCCUGCUGUAUUCUCACAUGGGCUGCUCGGACAUUUUACAUGGGGGGCGUGCAGGAAAACUUCCAGAAAAUGUCCAGAGAAACUGACUCUGACAUUUCCCUUUUCACAUACAGCCCCACUAGUAUGAUUUUGAGGAAUAAUAAUAAGUAGUAGCUUUUCUCUCUGGUGUGGAAUCAACAUUAUGGCGGUCUAAAGCUGCUGUCAUGUGAGCAGAAUAAUAACAAGGAAUUAUAGUAGUGUGGCUCCGUCCUUUUAUUGAAGAGCCCACUAAAACUACAGUCAAAGCAUCUAGUUGACGCUUACUUCCAAACAAAUGACACUCCAGAUACUUUGUUGGAAAAUCUCGAUUGAAACGUUCUUCUUAUAGUGGAAACUAAACAGAUGAAAUUAGUUCACUAAUCUAUUAAAGAUCAGUGGAUUGGAGUAUGAGCAUGCUUGAAGACUAUUGUGCUCCUCACUCUUUAUCUUCAACAAAAAAAAAAUAAACAAGCAGAGUUAGCACAUUAACCCUUCAGCCAAUCAAAGGCCAGGACUGUCUACACUCCCAAUAGGUCCCAGUCAAGCCACGGGCUGCAAUUAUUUUGUGGAACUGUCUAUUCUUAUCAAAUGAAGCGUUUUAGAAAACAAAUAUUUCACUAACAAAUUACUUUUCUUUUCCCAUUACUCUCCUUUAUGUCCCAACUACCUGCACAGAGCUGGUGAAUCUGAAUUUUGCUUUCAUCCACCAUAGACGUGAAAUGAGCUGCAAGACAGUACUAAACAUGGAAUCAUUCCCCUCCCUUGACAUGUUCCAAAAUCUUUUAAAACAGUUUUCAUACAACAAUGUCAUUGCACGUAAAAUGUGUUUUCCAUAAUUCAUUUUUGCCAUUGAUUCCUGCAUGCUUCCAUGUCUGUGGUGUAUUUGAAUCUGUCCGUUUUAGUGUGUUAUUAUGUGUUAUCUCUCCCUGCUUGUAUUCAUCUAUGAAACUUUUUAUUUCAUUGCUGCUCAUCUUGACCAGGACUCCCUGUAUCCCAAUGGGACCAUCCUGGUUAAAUAAAGGAUACAUUUAAUUUUAAAAGUUCCCUCAAGCAAACAUUUAUAGAUUUUUUUUCUCUAAAAUU